AUGAUGGUUCUUCCCUCCCCUAUACUCCAGAAGACGAGUCACACAGCUAGACCCGAGAAGGAGACACACAGCCCAGACUCGAGAAGGAGACACACAGCCCAGACUCGAGAAGACGAGACACACUGCCCAGACUCGAGAAGACGAGACACACACAGGCAGACUCGAGAAGGAGACACACUGCCCAGACUCAAAGAAGACGCCCAGACACACACUGCCCAGACACCUCGAGAAGACAGACACACUGCCCAGACUCAGACUCGUGAAGACUCGAGACUCACUGCCCAGGCUCGAGAAGGCGAGACACACUGCCCAGAAGACGAGUCACAGCUAGACCUGAGAAGGAGACACACAGCCCAGACUCGAGAAGGACACACAGCCCAGACUCGAGAAGGAGACACACUGCCCAGACUCGAGAAGACGAGUCACACAGGCAGACACACUGCCCAGACUCAAGAAGACGAGACACACAGCCCAGACACGAGAAGCAGACACACAGUUCAGACUCGUGAAGACGAGACUCACUGCCCAGACUCGAGAGAAGACGAGACACACUGCCCAGACUCGCCCAGAGAAGACGCUAGACAGAAGGAGCCCAGACUCGAGAAGGAGACACACAACCCAGACUCGAGAAGACGAGACACAGACAACCCAGACUCGAGAAGACGAGACACACUGCCCAGACUCCUGAAGACGAGACUCACUGCCCAGACUCGAAAAGACGAGAGACACACUGCCCAGACUCGAGAAGGCGAGACACACUGCCCAGACUCCAGAAGACUCACUGCCCAGACGAGAAGACGAGACACACUGCCCAGCUCGAGAAGACCACAGCCAGACCUGAGAAGGAGACACACAGCCCAGACUCGAGAAGGAGACACACAGCCCAGACUCGAGAAGACGAGACACACUGCCCAGACUCGAGAAGACGAGUCACACAGGCAGACUCGAGAAGGAGACACACUGCCCAGACUCAAGAAGACCAGACACACAGCCCAGACACGAGAAGCAGACACACAGCUCAGACUCGUGAAGACGAGACUCACUGCCCAGACUCGAGAAGGAGACACACAACCCAGACUCGAGAAGACGAGACUCACUGCCCAGACUCCUGAAGACGAGACUCACUGCCCAGACUCGAGAAGACGAGACACACUGCCCAGACUCGAGAAGACGAGUCACACAGCUAGACCCGAGAAGGAGACACACAGCCCAGAUUCGAGAAGGAGACACACAGCCCAGACUCGAGAAGACGAGACACACUGCCCAGACUCGAGAAGACGAGUCACACAGGCAGACUCGAGAAGGAGACACACUGCCCAGACUCAAGAAGACGAGACACACAGCCCAGACACGAGAAGCAGACACACAGCUCAGACUCGUGAAGACGAGACUCACUGCCCAGACUCGAGAAGGCGAGACACACUGCCCAGACUCGAGAAGACGAGUCACACAGCUAGACUCGAGAAGACGAGACACACUGCCCAGACUCGAGAAGGAGACACACAACCCAGACUCGAGAAGACGAGACACACUGCCCAGACUCGAGAAGACGAGUCACACAGCCCAGACUCGAGAAGGAGACACACAGCCCAGACUCGAGAAGACGAGACACGCAGCCCAAACUCGAGGAGACGCACAGCUCAAAAGACAAAACACACAACCCAUACUCGUCUUUUGUUAAAAUCUACCUAUAUCUUUUUCUUUGUUUCUAUCAAUUUCUAUAAUUCUCUUUUGUAUCUAUCUAUCUAUCUAUCUAUCUAUCUAUCUAUCUCUCUAUCUAUCUCAUUCUGCUUAUCUAUCUAUCUAUCUAUCUAUCUAUCUAUCUAUCUAUCUAUCUAUCUAUCACUAUAUGUAAAUCUGUAUCUAUCUAUCUAUAUAUAUAUCUACCUAUUUCUUUCUACGAUACACUGCAUCGUGGAAGAAUCCUUUUCUUGCAGGAAUGGUAAUCGAAGAAGCGUUCAAGCGGAAAAAUAUGGCCCUUUUUUCAUGCAUUCUUUUCGUAAGCCGCCGAAAAAGAAGAUGGCUGAUCGAUUCCUUUUCUAA